CGAGUGGAAGGUGCAAGUAAGAUUAGCUCCCCCGGCUAGAUUCCGUGACACUGAGUCAUUGACCUAGCAUAAAAAGACUUGUGCUUUUUGCUAAUCGUAAAGCGUACAUGUACGGCGCAGCGUCAACCACAUAUUCUGGCAGUAAGGUGACUGCUCAGGUUGAUAUCUACUUUUGUCCGUGCAUUAUAUGCCAACGUUAGCUCUCGGUAGCAGGCAGCAGUCCCCCCUCAUCGUGUAGCACGCAACAACUUGUCUGACAGGCUCUUUCUUUGCCGGUUUCCUUAUAAACAUGCCUAUUCAGCUUACAAGCCAGGCUUACUGUAAAAUGCUUUUACAUGCUGCCAAGUACCCUCACUUCGCCGUGAAUGGAUUGCUGGUGGCAGAAAAAGCGAAGGAGAGAAAGAAAGACAGCCACAGUGAAACGGUCCUGUGUGUGGACUGCGUGCCGCUGUUUCACGGCACUCUGGCUCUGGCACCGAUGCUAGAAGUGGCUUUAACGCUGAUCGAUACUUGGUGUAAAGAAAAUAAUUAUGUCAUUGCCGCUUAUUAUCAAGCCAACGAACGCACAAAGGAUUCAAGACCUAAUCAAGUUGCAGAAAAGGUGGCUGCCAGGAUUUCUGAGAACUUCAGUGAAGCAGCAAUUGUUAUGGUGGACAACAGUAGAUUAACAAUGAGCUGUUUUGAGCCCAUUGUGCUCAUCUAUGAUCAUCAUGAAAACAAGUGGAAAAGCAGAGAAGUAACUUCUGACUGUUUCGAGGACUGGAGCGAAGCACAGAAGAUAACAUCUGCUCUGCUAGAGGGCAGGUCCUACGAGAACUUGAUUGACUUUGACAAUCACUUGGAUGAUCUAAGGAAUGACUGGACCAACCCUGUGAUCAACAAGUCCGUCCUGGAUCUGUGCUAAGACCCUCAGUCAGGAGUACCCUGGACACGCACAUGAAUAUUGCUGCCAUUUCAGCAUGCAUGAUGCUACUCUUCAUGUAACACAGGAGUACAAUAGUGCUGAAGGCAUAGUCUUUGUUCCAUCAAAAGGCCCCCAUACCGACGGGAACUUGUGGACCACUGACCAGUUAGGCCAAAAUCUGUUAAGGGCAAGCGCCUUAGGUGCACUGUUGGCAUGUGUCCACCUUUACAAGGUGAUGCUGAAGUGAUGAAGGCAAUUAUGCUUUUGAAUUCGACUUAAAUGUUUUUUCUCUGCAGUGGUUUGUGUUUGUUCCUAGUUGUUUGUAUUAAGUUAAAUUCUAGAGUAUUUGAUCUAUUUUUGCUCUUACAUUUUAUGGCCAGUAGCCAUACACAGAUCAUGCCCUAAGUUAUUACAACUUUGAGGUGAUGAUUGUACCACUGAGAUAUUAAAAAAUAUAUAUGUUCUUUAUUAAAUUUCUAAUUUUUCUUAAAGGAUAACUUUCGUUUUUUACAACCUGGACCUUAUUUGUAGCAUUAAAUAUGACUAUUUACUCACCCAGACAACAUGCCGGCAGUGGCAUGUUAUCAACAUCCGGCGUCUCUAGACAACUACCUCUGACAUGGAUGAUGGCAUUACCGAACGCCGGGAGCUGCGAGCAGCGAGCCACAACACGGCAAACUUUGCGGCGGUCGGCUACGAAUAACGAACCAUAGCUGUGCCAAACUACAGCUAAACUAACCGACCGCCGGCUCAGAGGGAAAUAGCACCAGAAUAUCAUAACAAAAUAUUGGAAU